AUGAAAUUGCUUCCAUCUUCUGGGAUAUGGAUUCUUCUCUGCUUUUGCACUGGUAAGUCCCUAAAGGAAAACUGAGCCAAAAGGGCUUCAAAUCUCAAGUCAAGCUUUUCACAUUUUGUAAAUCAGUAAUAGUUACUGCAAGAAGAUCAAACCUAUCCAUUCUUAAGGAAAUCAGCCCUGAGUGCUCACUGGAAGGACAGAUCGUGAAGUUGAGGCUCCAAUACUUUGGUCACCUCAUGAGAAGAGAAGACUCCCUGGAAAAGACCCUGAUGUUGGGAAAGAUGGAGGGCACAAGGAGAAGGGGACGACAGAGGAUGAGAUGGUUGGAUGGUAUUCUCGAAGCUACCAGCAUGAGUCUGUCCAAACUGCGGGAGGCAGUGGAGGACAGAAGUGCCUGGCGUGCUCUGGUCCAUGGGGUCACGAAGAGUCGGACACGACUAAACGACUAAACAACAACAACAAAUAGUUACUGCAUUUUCCACAUGCAAGAGUUUUUGCAUAUUGCUAAUAAAACACUUUUAAAUAUUUUUUUAAUUAAAGAAAUAUUUUUUAAUUAAAGAAAUAUUUUUAAUUAAAAAAUAUUUCUUUAAAUUAAAAAAUGUCUUUGAUUUCUGACUUCCAUUAAUGCACGUGCAUGCACAAAUAGCAUGCAGCAAUCCUAAAGCCUAUUUAGUGUCAAGUGUUAAGAUAGACCAAAAAAACUACCCUUCUAAACUGGUACAGCUCUGUGGACUGAUUGUUGUUGUUGUUGUUGUUUACAAUCAGCCAUCUUCAAAUAUCUUAGUCCAAUGUCACAUGGAAGAGGCAGCAUGCUUGCUUUCUCUUGCUCUCGAGGGUAGCACUCGAAGCAAUGGCUUCAAGUUACAAGAGAUUCCAACUAAGCAUUCGGAAAAAAACUUUCUGAAAAACUAAGCAUUCGGAAAAACUUUUCCUAGUUUUGACUCUUGGUGAAUUGUCAAAAAUAUACAAUAAUAGCACGAUACACGCCUGGGUGGGGAGGUCAUUUCACAAUCUGGGAAUUGUAUCGUGGGGAGAUUUUGGCCAACUAAACUUCCCCUCCUCAUGGAUAACAGACUUGAUGAACCCCCCCCCCCACAUACCUCACAUAUUGAAUUAACAUUCCUUGCUCCCCAAGAGUAUUUGCAUUAAAAGUAAAAUAUAAUUUGAUCCUGAAUGAGUCUGCCAGUUUAAAAUAUUCUCCUACAUGAGACCUAAAUUACUCCCAUGUAUCUAAUUUUUAAAAUUGAUUAAUAUAUAUCAGAACUAGAAGCAUUUGUAAAGCAAAUUUGCAUUUAGGCCAAUGUAAGUUCCUAUUACAAACUCUCCCCCCUUCUUUCUUCUCCUCUUCUACAGCAAAUGCCACCUGGUGUUUCCAAUGCAUACAGCCACGAAAAACUGGGAAUUGUCCAGCAAAAAAGGAAUUGUGCUGGGCUGGUGGUGAAGCAGCCUGCUAUACAUUAAACCUAUAUAUUUGUAAGUAGACGAAGAAUCAUGUAUUUGGGUUCAAUGCAGUGGAGGGUCUUCCAGAUUGACCUCACAGUUCUAAAAACAUUGUGGUUGCUUCCAGGCUGCAAAUAUUUUGCAGGUCGGAUGCAAUUGCCUACCAGUGAAUUUAGGUAACACAGUUAAAGUGGAUUUGAUACUCUUGUAUAGAAAUGGGGAGUGUUUUUCAACUGGAAGGCCACGGUCCCAUCUGGGCCACACCCAGUGGCAAAAGUAGGCAGUGCAACAAAUGCAAAUUUGACCUUAGUCCAGUAGAAUCCCUCUCUAGCCUCCAUCUAGAUAAACAACAAGCAUUCUCAGAGUUCAAGGAUAUAUUCCAGCUAGAAAAAAUCCCUCAAAGCAGGUUCAAAGCAGGGUUGAUGAGGCAAUGUGGCUCAGAAAGGUUUGUGCCCUGGGGAGAAGGCCAGAGAUUCCCCGCUGCUGGUCUUGUGCAAUAAACGUACUUCCAAAAAAUAAUAAUAAAACAGAUUUUCCUUUGCAGCAAGGAAAGUAGCAAGAAAAUGCAGUGGAAGGUAUGGGAGAACAACUGCUUGAUGUCAAAUAACCUCCCCACAAGCUAAUCAGAAUGACAACUACUGUUAUCUAUGCUCUGGUAACCUCAAGGUUAGAUUACUGCAAUGCAUUAUACGUAGGGCUGCCUCUGAAGACGGUUCGGAAACUUCGGCUAGUGCAGAAUUCAGACGAUUUGAGCAUAUUACACUGAUCCUGGACCGACUGCACUAGCUACGGAUUAAGUUUCCGGGCCCAAUUCAAAGCACUGGUUUUGACCUUUAAAGCCUUAAACAGCUCAGGACUGCAAUAAUUCAAGGACCGCCUCUUUCCAUAUGAACCAACCCGGACUCUGAGAUCAUCUUUUGAGGCCCUCCUUCGUAUGCUGCCUCCUUGAGAGGUCCGGAGGGUGGCAACACGAGAACAGGCCUUUUCUGCAGUGGCUCCCCAUCUGUGGAACGCUCUCCCCAGGGAAGUUCGCCUGGAGCCUUCAUUAUACACCUUUAGGCACCAGGCAAAAACCUUCCUUUUUAACCAGGCCUUUGGCUGAUCUGAUCAACAUCCCAUACCCUUUUAAAAUGUGGCUCACUUUUUUGGGGGGGGUAUUAUUGGGUUAUUGCUUAUAUUUUUAAUUUAUAUACUGUGAUCGUUUUAUGUGAACCGCCCUGAGACCUCCAGGUAUAGGACAGUAUAAUAAUAAUAAUAAUAAUAAUAAUACUCAAUAAACAGCCCCACCCCCUGCAAACUUGGUGCAAAUCAAUAAGGAUGAAUUCUCAUUAAGCAGGCUGUCUUACACUCAUAAGCAGCCUCACCAUUAUGUCCUCUCCUGCAUCAGUAAGGCCCCAUAGCAGGUUUACUGGGUAGAGGCAGCAGCAACCCUAUAAGUACUAAGCUCCUCAAAGGGAAAGUCUGGCGGCUGCCAUUUCCAUUUUCCAUAAAAUGCCUAGCAUGGCUACAUUGGGAGAUUGUGGGAAGUUUCAGUAGCACCAUGGCACUAGAAAAACAGUUCAAGAGGUAGAGUGUGCCCUUAUUAAUCACUGGUGGCUCUUGAUAUCAGCUGCUAAGGAGCAUAGAGAUGAGAGAGGCCAGCAAAUAUACUGUCACAUCGCUUCCUAUCAGACCUACUGACCUUCAAGCCUGUGAGUCUUGGCAGAAUGGGGAAGAUGAAGAGAGCUCUUAGGGCUGAAGGGAACUAUAGUUCAGCAAUAUCUGCUGAACUAUAGUUCAGCAAUAUCCCCAUACCUGAUUUAAAUCAUUGAAAGAGAGACAGGAUUCAAGAGUGAAAGGCACAUCCCUUUUCAGUGAGACCUCAUAUUAUUCAGAAAGAUCAGAGGAAACAGAGGGAAAUGACUAUUUUGCAACUCUCUUUCCAGCCAAUGCAAUGAUCAGUUUCUUUUUCCCAUUUCAGCAAAAACCUUGAUCGCUACCGUGGUUGGUUGCCUCCAGCAAUGUGAAGGUUACAGAUUUUAUGGUCCCUACACAUGGCACGAAAUCAUUUGCUGUUCCACAGAUUAUUGCAACAUGUAGUUUUGGAUGGGGAGUGGAGGUGAUCUUAGGAGAACAAAAACCUUCAGCACCAAGAUGUCAGGAGCAGCAUGCUCUUGCUUAUGAUGUGCCAAUAAAUGUCUCCUGCAUUCUCCACCACCACUUCAUCAGUUAACAAGGAAAGAAAACGCCUUGAAAAUGAGCAAGGAGAGAGAGAAUAUCCUGCUAAUAGUCCCAUGAGUGGGAUGCAGGGUUUUUCUUAAUCUAGGCAUACUCAUCAGUUACGGAACAUUUACAGUAGUGCAGACAGCAGAGCAGCCACAUAUAAAUGCUCAGUUUGAAGAGGUUCUUUUGGAGCUCUUUUUGUUUUUAUGACCCCUGACAAUUUAGUAUCAUCAGCAAACUUGGCCACAUCACUGCUCGCUCCUAACUCUAGUUCAUUUAUGAGCAAGUUAAAGAGCACAGGACCCAAUACUGAUCCUUGUGGGGCUUCACUUUAUACAUGUCUUCAUUCUGAGAACUGUCCAUUUAUUACUACUCAUUGCUUCCUACAACUUAAUGAAUUUGCGAUCCCCAAAAUGGAAGCCUUUAUUGAGGGAUCCACUGAGUAUUAGGAUUUUUGCAUGGUGUGUACUGGUCUUGGCUGGAUUGCCAAAUUAACAGCACUUGCUUUAGAUUUGAGGUGGCCAAGGGGUGUUUUGUGGGUGUCCUUUCCUUCAUUGUGCAAAUCAUCUCACUUGUGGCUUGCACUCUGCAGCUUUCUUGGGUUGCCAUGCUUUAGUCAAAGCCCUGGGGAAGACAUCACAAGAUUCCUCCUUCCAGGAAUCACAGGCAGCUAGGAAGUAUGCAGAGAGAUGCAUACUGUAAAGAAGAAAUAUAAGAAACAUGAACCACACCUUUGGCUAUUGCACAAGCCCUGCUUUCACCAAAAUUUUAAAGAAAUUCUGAAGUGCAGCAAAAAUGAAGGCAAAAAAAUGGAGCCUUCCCACCCCACUCCUUGGAGGUCAAGAGAACCUUUUUGAGAAAUUGGAAUAAAGAUUCUGGCACAGCAA